UCAACGUAGAAAACUCUCUCUCUCUCUCUCUCUCUCACUAUUUUCUUCUGAACGGUGGUGGUGAGUGCAGACCACCAUCAGAUUUAUACACAGAUUCUGAAUCUCUUCUCCUCCGUCGAAGUUUUGAAUUAUCUCUCUCUCUCCCCCCUUCUCCCUUGAGCUUCCGUAGCUUAGAUUAUAGCUGUAAACUGGGCGAGUCCACGUCCAUUAACCCGUAUCCAUUUGUCCAUUUAUUGUUUGUGGACAAAGAGUGACCAUGUCCAUUAGAACCAUGUCCAUUAAGAACCAUAUCCACUAAAACCCAUAUUUUUAUGGGCUGCCAUAGAGUCCAUAAUAGACCAUAUAAGAAAACUUUAGAUUUUAAUUUAUAAGCCUAUAAUUUAUAAGCCUAUAAUUAUAUAUACAAGUUCAUAAAAUUAAAAUAAUCCAUAAAUACAACAAUUUUGGUUUUGGCAAGAAAACUUGAUUUUGCGGUUUUAACGGAAAAAUUCGAUUUUACGAUUUUGGCGGGAAAACCUGAUUUUCUGGUUAUGGCGGGAAAUCCCGAUUUUGUGGUUUUGGUAAGAAAACUCGAUUUUGCAGUUUUGACGGGAAAAUCGAUUUUGCGGUUUUGGCCGGAAAACCCGAUUUUAUGGUUUUGGCGGGAAAACCUGAUUUUACGGUUUUGGCGGGAAAACCCGAUUUUACGGUUUUGGCGGGAAAACCCGAUUUUUCGGUUUUGGCGGGAAACCCCGAUUUUAUAGUUUUGGCGGGAUAAACCGAUUUUACGGUUUUGGCGGGAAAACCCGAUUUUCCGGUUUUGGUGGAAAAAACCCGAUUUUCCGGUUUUGGCGGGAAAACCCGAUUUCUCAGUUUUGGCAAGAAAACUUGAUUUUACGGUUUUGGCGAUUUUACGGUUUUAGCGGAAAACUCGAUUUUCCAAUUUUGGCGAGAAAACUAGAUUUCACGGUUUUGGCGGAAAAAUCUGAUUUCUCUGUUUUGGCGGGAAAACUCGAUUUCUCGGUUUCGGCGGGAAAACCCGAUUUUACGGUUUUAGCGGAAAACUCAAUUUCUCGAUUUUGGCAGGAAAACUCGAUUUUUCCGGUUUUAGCGGAAAAAUUUGAUUUCUCGGUUUUGGCGGGAAAAUCAAAUUUCUCAAUUUUCGCGGAAACCCCCGAUUUUACAGUUUGUGCGAUUUUACGAUUUUGACAGAGAAAAUUCAAUUUCCCGAUUUUGGUGAGAAAACCCGAUUUCUCGGUUUUGGUAGAAAAACUCAAUUUUUUUUUAAACCCUAGAUUUUUUUUGUCCAUUGGACAACCCAUGUCCAUGAAACCCAAAACCCGUAAAGACCAUUUUUUAAAUGGUCAUCCAUAUUUUGUCCAUUAAUAACCCAUGGUAAAAAUGGGUAUGUCCAUAUUAAGUCCAUUUAAAUAUGGACGUGGACGACCAAUGGACGACCCGCCCAUUUGACACCUAUAGCUUCGAUCCUCUCGCAUUUUACGUUUUACGUUAUGCAGCACGAAUAAGAUCAUCGUAGAUCGUGAUUGAAAGCGAGAGAGAGAGAGCAAAAAAAAAAAAUAAAGAAUUAGGAGAGGGGAAGAUGAGCGAGGGGCAGAAGUUCCAGCUGGGAACAAUCGGCGCUUUGAGUUUAUCCGUUGUGUCGUCUGUGUCGAUCGUGAUCUGCAACAAGGCCCUUAUUAGCACCCUUGGCUUCACCUUCGCGACUACUUUGACAAGUUGGCAUCUUUUGGUCACGUUUUGUUCCCUUCAUGUGGCACUAUGGAUGAAGAUGUUUGAACACAAGCCUUUUGAUCCACGAGCCGUGAUGGGAUUUGGGAUAUUGAAUGGGAUCUCUAUUGGACUAUUGAACCUCAGCCUGGGCUUUAAUUCCGUUGGUUUUUACCAGAUGACAAAACUAGCAAUCAUCCCCUGUACUGUUCUCUUGGAAACCCUCUUCUUCAGGAAAAAGUUCAGUCGAAAAAUUCAGUUUUCGUUAACCAUCCUUCUCCUUGGUGUUGGGAUUGCAACCGUCACAGAUCUUCAGCUUAAUAUGCGGGGUUCUGUCUUGUCUCUGCUGGCUGUUAUCACAACUUGUGUUGCUCAAAUUAUGACAAAUACCAUCCAGAAGAAGUUCAAAGUUUCAUCCACGCAACUUCUUUAUCAGUCUUGCCCUUAUCAAGCAAUGACACUUUUCGUCACUGGCCCAUUUUUAGAUGGGCUCCUAACCAACCAGAAUGUGUUUGCUUUCAAGUACACUUCCCAAGUUGUGUUUUUCAUCGUCCUAUCCUGCCUCAUAUCAGUGUCUGUAAACUUCAGCACUUUUCUGGUAAUUGGGAAAACGUCUCCGGUCACAUAUCAGGUGCUCGGACAUCUGAAAACAUGCCUGGUUCUAGCAUUUGGAUACGUGUUGCUGAAGGACCCAUUCAACUGGCGCAACAUUCUUGGCAUUAUGGUGGCAGUGAUUGGAAUGGUGGUUUAUUCCUAUUUCUGCUCGGUUGAGACUCAGCAGAAGGCAAGUGAAACAUCAACCCAAUUGCCUCAGAUGAAAGAGAGCGAGAAGGAUCCGCUAAUAGCAGUUGAAAAUGGAAGCGGAGUGUUAUCAGAUGGUGGUGGUGUGCAAAAGACGGCGGCUCCUGUAUGGAACUCAAAUAAAGAUUUUCAAGCCUAAAGCUGUGAACGUUGCUAUGUUUCUUUUGUAUCAGAGAUCUUUCAGAAGGAAGAAAGAAAAACUUUUCAAAUUUC